CACUAGGGUGGCGGGAUGGCGGGAUGGCGGGGUGACGGCGUAUGCAGAGACUCCAGGCAGAGGCUGGUGGGUCCCAGGACCCUGGCUGGCGUGAGUUCCUCUAGGACCAGCACAGAACAGUGGUCCCCAGGCCUGGCGGGGCCUUGCAGGUCGCUGCACCGAGUGUGAGAUAUGGACGUGAUGAGGCCCUUAAUAAACGAGCAGAAUUUCGAUGGGUCGUCCGACGAGGAGCAGGAACAGACGCUUGUGCCCAUACAGAAGCACUACCAGCUCGAUGGGCAGCACGGGAUUUCGUUCCUGCAGACCUUGGUGCAUCUUCUCAAGGGGAACAUCGGGACUGGCCUUUUAGGGCUCCCCUUGGCUAUAAAGAACGCGGGCAUCGUGCUUGGACCAAUCAGCCUUGUGUUUAUAGGAAUUAUUUCCGUCCACUGUAUGCACAUAUUGGUACGUUGCAGUCACUUUCUAUGUCAGAGGUUUAAGAAGUCAACAUUGGGGUACAGUGACACCGUGAGUUUUGCCAUGGAGGCUAGUCCGUGGAGUUGCCUUCAGCGACAGGCAGCAUGGGGGCGGAGCGUGGUCGACUUCUUUCUGGUGAUAACACAGCUGGGAUUCUGCAGCGUCUACAUUGUCUUCUUAGCUGAGAAUGUGAAACAGGUUCAUGAAGGAUUCCUGGGGAGCACGCCGAUUGUUUCAAAUGGCUCGGACCUGUCUCAUGCCUGUGAGAGAAGAAGUGUGGACCUCAGGGUCUAUAUGCUCUGCUUUCUCCCACUUAUAAUUCUCUUGGUCUUCAUUCGCGAGCUGAAGAAUCUCUUUGUACUUUCAUUCCUUGCCAACAUUUCCAUGGCUGCCAGUCUUGUGAUAAUUUACCAGUAUGUUGUUAGGAACAUGCCAGAUCCCCACAACCUUCCAAUAGUGGCCGGCUGGAAGAAAUACCCACUGUUUUUUGGCACUGCUGUGUUUGCUUUUGAAGGCAUAGGAGUGGUGCUACCACUGGAAAACCAAAUGAGAGAGUCCAAACGCUUCCCUCAGGCAUUGAACAUCGGCAUGGCCAUCGUCACCGUGCUGUACAUCAGCCUAGCCACUUUAGGCUACAUGUGUUUCCGUGACGAGAUCAAAGGCAGCAUUACACUGAAUCUUCCCCAGGACAUGUGGUUGUAUCAGUCAGUGAAAAUUCUGUAUUCCUUUGGCAUUUUUGUGACCUAUUCAAUUCAGUUCUAUGUCCCAGCAGAGAUCAUUAUCCCUGGAGUCACUGCUAGACUUCAUGCCAAAUGGAAGCGCAUUUGUGAAUUUGGGAUACGGUCCCUCUUGGUUAGUAUCACCUGUGCUGGGGCGAUUCUCAUUCCUCGCCUAGACAUUGUGAUCUCCUUCGUGGGGGCUGUGAGCAGCAGUACACUAGCCCUGAUCCUGCCCCCACUUGUGGAAAUCCUUACAUUUUCUAAGGACCACUACAACAUAUGGAUGAUCCUGAAAAACAUUUCCAUAGCGUUCACUGGAGUCGUGGGCUUCUUGUUGGGCACCUAUGUCACUGUUGAAGAAAUUAUUUAUCCGACUACGGCAGUUGUUGCUGGCACCUCCCAGAGUCCCUUUCUGAAUGUGAACUCUACAUGCAUAACAAGUGGUUUGUAAUCAUGGGAGAAGAGCGGUGAACCCUCUCCUGUCACCCCAAUUCUAACAGCAGUCAAGAACGACUACAGUGCUUCCCCAUACACUGAACAGUGCCAAACUCCUAGUUUUUGUUGGCAGAGUAUUGCAAUUUGACUGUGAACUGGACAUCUUUUGCAGCUAUGAUAAACUAUGGAAGAUUAUUGCUUUUAUCUAAUGACAAUGAAAAAUUGAAAAAAUUUAAAAUUCAAAAUGUAAACAAUAAGCACAGCCCAUUAUUGUGUUUCUUUAAGAAACACUUUGAGUAAGAGUUGUGUUUCUUACCACUAUUGAGAAGAUAAAGGAUUUCAACAUGGUAUAAAUUAAAUAGGCACAUGGUUUAAAAACCUCUUUGAAGCACCCCACAAUAGCAAAGUACACCUCCUGUGUAUGUGCACAGAGAUGCGUUGAUUGUGUUUUAUUCCAUGGGUGAUGCUGCUGACAAGCCCUGAAGGUACAGUAGACUCCAGCUGACCACCGUGCAAGCAUUAGAUAGUUCCCAGAGCCAGAAGCGCUCUAUUGUUCUGCUCUACAGAGCAUAGAGGAGCACUGGGAAGCACUGACAAGGUUCUGACUUCCUCUUUCAGCCGUAGGUGAAAGGGCCAGUGAGGACCUGGAACAUUGCUGCCCUAGCUGUGUCUUGUUAGGGUUUCUGUUGCUGUGAGAAAACACCACAACCAAAAGUAAUUAUGGAGGAGAGGGCUUCUGUUUACACUUCCACAUCACAAUCCAUCAUCAAGGGAAGUCAGGACAGGAACUCAAGGCAGGAACCUGGAGGCAGGAGCUGAUGCAGAGGCCAAGGAGGAGUGCUGCUUACUGGCUUGCUUCUUUCUCAUGGCUUGCUCAGCCUGCUUUCUUACAGCACACAGGGCAACCAGCCCAGGGGUGGUGCCGCCCACAGUGGGCAUAGCCCUCUCAGAGCAAUCAUCAAUCUGGAGGAUGCCCCACAGCCUCUCCUCUCUUCCAAAAUGACUCCAGAUUGUGUUAAGUUGACAUAAAUCUAGCCAGCAUGGUUACCAUUGUAGGAAAUGGAGUUCCAGAAGUGUUGGUGACUUAAGCUUGAGUCAAGAGAACCUGAUACUUGACCCAAUUCAGAGAUGGAAGAAAAAUGAUUUUUCAUGUCAUAGUCAGUAAUGAUAAAACACAUUCAGCUUAAUUUUAGUGUAAAGCUUAAUUAUAGUUUCAUCCUUUGGGAGUGUGUGUCUUAUGUCUGAAUAGUAUAUGUGACAUGAUAAAAAGCCAGAAAAGAAAUCCAAGAAACCUGCCUGGUGGCUCCAUAGAUCCCAAACAGGGAAAGAAGCUCACAGUCUUUUAUACAGCAGGAGACUGGCUUGCUGUAGGGUGUGCUGUAGGGCAGAGGUCACAGGAGGUGAGGCCCCUUAAACAGUAGGAGACUGCGGGCUGGCUGUGUAGUGUUCUAGUCACACGCUUCCUUGUCUCCUAGGUUUGCAGGCAUGAUAAAUACCUGGCAAAAUACAGAACUUUUGGAUUUCCUAGCCAUGUAGCAUUCCUUACUGCAGUCUUCCAUUAAUCUGAAUGGGCAGAGUAAAGGAACUGCCAAAUGAACGCUUAGGAAGAUGCAAAACAAUAGAGAACUGUCUAGUAAAUACUGGAGCACUUAGGCAUUGUCCAGAGAGAUGUGGCCUUCACCCUGUCUUCAAACACACUAGCCAAAGCAACCAGGCUCAUCUGAUGCUGAAGAGGAGAACUGGGGAGUUUGAAGGACUGAGCGGGGCCAUCUCCUGGACAUCUUUGCCCAUUGGCUCUAUACUGUGUUAGCUGGAAGAUGGUACCAAGCUUUCUGUGGAGUUCUGUAUUUUCUUUAUGUAAAUGUUAACUUAUUCAGGUGGGCUUUGCUUAUGUCGUUACUUUGCCUUCAGGUGUGGGCCUAUAAACAUAUCAGAAGCUUUAUUUUGCUAUGCAUUCAUAAGAACCAAAACUUUAUAACAUUUAUGUUAGAUAUUUCUAGUAAUUGUUUAUAUUAUUUUAUGUUAAAUUGUUACUUCAAGUCUUCAGUCUUAGGCAGUGAAUGAGGAUGUGAAGAAAGGAAUUUCAUUGGAAUUUGACUGUGAGAAAUGUACAGUGGCACAGGGUGAGUUACAAACUCCCCGCCCAGGAAGCAGCAUGUGGCUCUUUGUCAGCUGUGUUCACGGUGUGUUCUACUCGGCAUGCUCAGUUUAUUUUUGUGUUUUCACCUGUUCCUUGUGGAAUUCAAGUGCAGUGGGUUUUUAACUGGUGGGUCACUGCAGGGCUUUUUAAGUUCCACACACAGAGUGUGAGCAUCUUAUCAGCCCGGAUUUCUUAUGGAGGAAGGCUGCUGAAUCAACAGCUCAUAUGAAAGUCCCCAGGUUAUCAACACAAGAGGAGUCACAAUACAGAAAGGAAGAUAUGCUGGGAGAAGAGGAGAUAGUUUUAAUUUGUAGUGUGAGCCACUGUUUAUAUGCAAAGUAUAAAAGAAACACACACUUGUUUAAGGGUGUCUGAGGACGUAUUUACCAUUUGAUCAUUUUUCUCUGAUAUUUGGCUUUACAGAAUUCUAUCUUCUAAAGAUUUUUGGAGAAGAUAUGUUGACUCUAGCAGCUCUUCCUUUUGUUUGGGGACUUGGAGGGAGGGGAAGCAGGCACACAUGGCGAACUCGUGUUUGCUGGAUCACAUGGUGACUGCAGUGACCCCAGCAGUUACUUCCUGUCAUGGUGGGAACUGUCCCUGGAAGCUAGUCAGUUGCAUAGGUGCUAUUUUCUCUGUGAAGCAUUGAGAAGAAAGCUGUUGCUUACUCCCAAUGGCUCUCUGUUCCCUGAUGCUCCGAGGAAUGCAUUGGUGUCUGAGUCCACUCAAAACACUGUUCCCACAGGACUUUUUAACACAGGCUCUUUCCCUCCAUGUGUCCCCCUUUCUCCACAGUUGAAGAAGUCGGAGCUGGGAAGUUUUCAGGUUAGAUGUGCCAGUUAAUGUAAAGAAAGCUAUGUUUGUGGUGCUCCAGUACUUUCCUGUUCUGUUCUUUCUGACCUGUCACCAAAGCUGGCUCUGAGUCUUGUUAGAUGGUGUACUUAAAGUGUUCAUAAGCCAUUUAUGGCCGUGCGCUUGUGAAUUUCCUAUCAGGGUUUGAUCUUAUUUGGUAUAUGUGCAUUUGUGGUCCUAGAGAAUGCCAGCUUAAGUGCACAUCGAUACCCUUGCUAACUAGGUUUUACAUAGCUCACCAUUUCACUGUGGUGCCCACAGAUGCAGCACAUCUGUUACUGGCAGCAUACAUUAGGCCUUGUGUGCGACUCCUUUUUUUUUUUCAGUCAAGAUGGGAAAGAUACAGAACAGAGCCAGUGGAAAUAAUAAAUGCAGUUGUUUAUAUAACAUGAGUGGUUCAGCAGAUGUUAACUGUUGAGUGAUAAAACUGUUAUAAAGCAUCAAUAAUGUAAAAUUAUAAAAUGUUGGAAAUUGUGUUUAUUUGACUAGCUUGGCUCAGUUAUCUUCCCUUAGUUAAGAAAAUGUAAGGGAUUUAUCUAGUGCAGAUAACAGGAUUCUUCCGGUCAUUAAAUGGCUGCAUGUUACUGCCAUACAUGACUUUCUGCAUCUCGUUGGUUCUGACCUAGGCUAUAAAAGAAAUAUGCUUAAGAAAUGGCUAGGUCUAGAAUUUAUCGCCUAUCGAGUGAAAUGACAAAUCACCCAAUUAUUUGGAUUUCCUGUUAGAAUUGGCUCGUUCCUGUGUGCAUCCAUGCAUGUUACACCACAGGGACUCACAUCUGAAUCCGUUUCAACUACUCUACUCCAGAUAGGACCAGAUGGUGAUCACAUAGGAAAAUCCAUAUUCAUGACAUGAACAGUUCAGGCUAUAGAUUUUUGUUUUUCAAAAGUGAUUUUGUAAGCUUUAUUGAAAGUAAAGUUGUAUUGGAGUUGUAUCAUUUCUUAUAUUUAUUUUUCUUUGUAAACGAGUUUGAAAAUGCCUAAAAGUACUGUGACUUCUGAAUUGUCAAUAAAGUAUAAUUAUUUUGCUUGCUAAUAAA